CUCGUGGAGUUGAAGUCAAAGGAGAAAAUGGGGCACCGUUUGAUAGCGACCGUCCUGUUUCUCCCGUGUCUCGUCAGUAAAUCUUUUGCGGGAUUUCCAAAUCAAAUUAACAUUGGGGGACUGUUCAUGCGCUCCACGGUGCAAGAGCAUAGCGCGUUCCGCUUCGCUGUCCAGCUCUACAACACUAAUCAAAAUGUGACGGAAAAACCGUUCCACUUAAACUACAAUGUGGAUAAUCUUGAAUCCUCCAACAGUUUCUCGGUCACCCAUGCGUUCUGUUCGCAGUUCUCGCGGGGUGUGUACGCCAUCUUCGGCUUCUACGACCGGAAGUCCAUGAACACGCUGACGUCGUUCUGCGGCGCCCUGCACACCUCGUUCAUCACGCCCAGCUUCCCCACCGACGCCGACGUCCAGUUCGUGAUCCAGAUGCGGCCGGCGCUCCGAGGCGUGGUCCUCAGCCUGCUGGCCCACUACAAGUGGGAGAAGUUCGUCUACCUGUACGACACGGACAGAGGGUUCUCCAUUCUGCAGGCCAUUAUGGAGACGGCGGUGGCCAACAACUGGCAGGUGACAGCGAGGUCGGUGGGGAGCAUCGUAGAUCCGCUAGAGUACCGACGCAUCAUCGAGGAAAUGGACCGCCGGCAGGAGAAGCGCUUCCUGGUCGAUUGUGAAGUGGGCCGCAUUAACGCCAUCCUGGAACAGGUAGUCAUGUCGGGAAAGAAUGGCAGAGGAUAUCAUUACAUACUGGCCAAUCUGGGCUUCGCUAACAUGAGUCUAGAGAAGGUGGUGUCAGGUGGAGCCAACAUCACAGGCUUCCAGGUCAUAAACCCCGAGAAUCCCAUCGUGCAGCAGUUCCUCCAGCGCUGGGACCGGCUGGACGAAAGAGAAUUCCCCGAAGCCAAGAACACACCUCUGAAGUACACUUCUGCGUUGACUCACGAUGCCAUCCUGGUGAUCGCCGAGGCCUUCCGUUACCUCCGGAGACAGCGAGUGGACAUCUCUCGACGGGGCAGCGCGGGUGACUGCCUGGCGAACCCUGCCGUGCCCUGGAGCCAAGGCAUUGACAUAGAGCGGGCACUCAAAAUGGUUCAGGUUCAAGGUAUGACGGGCAACAUCCAGUUCGACAGCUUCGGCCGCAGGUCAAACUUCACCAUUGAUGUUUAUGAGAUGAAACCUGGGGGUGCCAGGAAGAUCGGGUACUGGAACGAAUAUGAGAAAUUUGUAUUUAUAUCGGACCAGCAGGUUACCAACGAGUCAUCUUCUGUGGAAAACCGAACAAUUGUGGUCACUACUAUUAUGGAAGCUCCCUAUGUGAUGUACAAGAAAAACUAUAUGCAGCUGGAGGGGAAUGAGCGCUAUGAGGGCUACUGUGUGGACCUAGCGUCAGAGAUCGCAAAACAUGUCGGAAUUAGAUACAAACUGUCCAUCGUGUCUGAUGGAAAGUAUGGGGCCAGGGACCCUGAAACCAAGACCUGGAACGGGAUGGUGGGUGAACUGGUGUAUGGGAGAGCCGAUAUUGCCGUCGCCCCUCUCACCAUUACUCUGGUGAGGGAGGAGGUCAUAGACUUCUCCAAGCCCUUCAUGAGCUUGGGCAUCUCCAUCAUGAUCAAGAAGCCCCAGAAAUCCAAGCCGGGGGUCUUCUCCUUCCUGGACCCGCUGGCCUACGAGAUCUGGAUGUGCAUCGUGUUCGCCUACAUCGGCGUGAGCGUGGUGCUGUUCCUGGUCAGCCGCUUCAGCCCGUACGAGUGGCAUCUGGACGAGAGCGACGAGGCCAAAGACCCCCAGUCCCCGCCCGACCCGCCCAACGACUUUGGCAUUUUUAACAGCCUGUGGUUCUCUCUGGGUGCCUUCAUGCAGCAGGGAUGCGAUAUCUCGCCAAGAUCUCUCUCAGGUCGUAUCGUUGGGGGUGUGUGGUGGUUCUUCACCCUCAUUAUCAUCUCGUCCUACACUGCCAACCUGGCAGCCUUCCUCACCGUGGAGAGGAUGGUCUCCCCCAUUGAGAGUGCUGAAGACUUGGCCAAACAGACAGAGAUUGCCUAUGGUACACUAGACUCUGGCUCGACAAAAGAGUUCUUUAGGCGCUCCAAAAUAGCCGUGUAUGAAAAAAUGUGGUCGUACAUGAAAUCGGCCGAGCCCUCAGUGUUCGCCAAGACCACCCCCGACGGAGUCGCCCGCGUGCGCAAGUCGAAGGGCAAGUUCGCCUUUCUGCUGGAGUCCACCAUGAACGAGUACAUCGAGCAACGCAAGCCCUGCGACACCAUGAAAGUCGGCGGGAACCUGGAUUCUAAGGGAUACGGCGUGGCCACGCCCAAAGGCUCGGCAUUAAGAAAUGCUGUUAACCUGGCAGUACUUAAACUGAACGAGCAGGGCCUGUUGGACAAAUUGAAAAACAAAUGGUGGUACGACAAGGGAGAGUGCGGCAGCGGGGGCGGGGACUCCAAGGACAAGACCAGUGCACUGAGCCUCAGUAAUGUGGCUGGAGUCUUCUACAUCCUGGUGGGGGGGCUGGGCCUGGCCAUGACCGUGGCCCUUGUGGAGUUCUGUUAUAAGUCCCACCAGGAGACCAAAAGACUCAAACUAGCCAAAAAUGCUCAGAACUUCAAACCUGCUCCUCCGGCAAACACACAGAACUUUGCUACCUACAGAGAGGGUUACAACGUGUACGGGACAGAGAGCGUCAAGAUCUAAUGCAGGUGACUGCAGAGAAAGAGACCUGGUCAGUUUUGACCCCCCCCCC